AUGACUACCGUGCGGUGGUAUUAUAAGCUACCAGGAGAGACCCAGUACACUGAAGGCCUUGAGAAGACUCUUUUCUGGGGUUUCAAUUAUUAUUCGACCCACAAUAGAAUCACAGGAGAAGUGAAGAUCCUACCCAGGACAAGGGUAGAUUGGAGAAAUGCUUGCAAUAAGAAGAAUAACCGAAUCAAAUCGCCCAUGACCCUUGAGCACGGGGAUUACAAGUUGCCCUUCAGAAGCGGUUUCCAGAACUUCUUGCUAAAACCUUCAAUGUAUUAUGAGAGAGCCCAGAAUCUGCAACCAAGAAGCUCUGUUGAGCUCUUCACCUAUCCUAAACUCAGGGCAACCUUCUCCCUGCUACGCCUCCGCCAGUCUAAUGAAGGACGUGUGGUUAUUUCAUACGAGAGAAUUUCCGAUUUCUUGAGGCUAGAUCUUGCAUUGGAUUAUUCGUCGAACUCUCAGGAUGGUUCUUGCGUUGUUGAGAGGUUUGCUGUUAGUCUAACUGAACGUUCAACACACAUUGCCGCCUGUGAUCCCCUGAAGUACACUGAUAGCUUCUGUCAUCAUAAAGUCAUGGAAACAAAGCCAUGUUUGUCGCUUCAUUGGAAUCCACCAAACCAUCCAUUCCAUCCAUAUUUGGUUCCUAUCCCACCGUCUCUCUAUCAAGAGAGACUCCCUUCUAUGCCUGUGUCAAUAUUCUCAAAUGAAGUGGAAAGGCGGUAUGAGAUGCUAAUCAAUGUGACUUUGAAAAUGGGCAUUACAUCAAAGAACGUACAAACUCGCAUCCCGUUGUUGUUUGCCAUAGACGAUUUCAGUACUACAGGUUUUGGACACUAUCUACCCAAGUACUCCGUCGAACCUCCUACCCCGGUAUAUAUGUCCGAAGAUGACGACUAUUACUAUGACGAUGUCUGA